GGAUCACGUGGCUUGUGACGUCGGCAGGCCUGCGAGCAGCCGUAACCGGUGAGAAGAAGAUGGUGCUCCUCAAGGAAUAUCGUGUGGUUUUGCCAUGCUCUGUGGAAGAGUAUCAAGUCGGGCAGCUUUUCUCGGUGGCUGAGGCUAGUAAAAACGAGACGGGUGGAGGAGAGGGCAUUGAAGUGCUCAAGAAUGAACCCUAUGAGAAGGAAGGCGAGAAGGGACAAUACACACACAAAAUCUACCACUUAAAGAGUAAAGUGCCAGGCUUUGUGAAGAUGAUCGCACCAGAGGGAGCAUUAGUUUUCCAUGAAAAGGCCUGGAAUGCUUAUCCAUACUGCCGCACGAUUGUGACUAACGAAUACAUGAAAGAUGACUUCAUGAUUAAAAUUGAAACAUGGCACAAACCUGACACGGGCUCUUUAGAGAAUGUACAUGAUCUGGAUCCCACCACAUGGAAGACGGUCGAAGUCGUACAUAUCGAUAUAGCCGAUCGGUCUCACGUUGAACCUGGAGAUUAUAAACAGGAAGAGGACCCAGCAAUCUUUCAAUCAGUGAAAACAGGCCGGGGACCUUUAGGACCGGACUGGAAGAAAGAGCUCUUGGCUAAGCCGGACGCCCCUCGUAUGUGUGCGUACAAACUAGUCACCGUCAAGUUUAAGUGGUGGGGCCUGCAAACCAAAAUAGAAAACUUCAUCCACAAGCAAGAGAAGAGAAUCUUCACCAACUUCCACCGUCAGCUCUUCUGUUGGAUUGACAGCUGGGUGGAGCUCACCAUGGAGGACAUCCGCCGGAUGGAGCAGGAGACGCAGCGAGAGCUGGAGGAGAUGCGUCAAAAGGGGUCCGUACGAGGCACGACAGCAGCCGAAGAUUAGCCGAAUCCUUUUUAGUAACACGAGGCAGGUGGAGAUACUCCCUUCGUAAAACUGGUCAGGUUCGAGGCACCAGUGCUGCUCACGAACAAUGAGGCUAAACUUCAAGAAUCCAACCACGACGACGCUUGACGAAAGACAUCACCGCAUCCAACCAAACCGGCCAGUGGCGGCGCCGUCCUCCUCCACCAGCAGACCGCAGAAUGACACAGUGAUCAGUACUGUACUCACACACCUGCCGACAGGGUCGACACGCAUCACGCUCCACCUGUUUUUAGAUUCAUGCAGGUUGAUCCUGUGACUUUUUCCACUUUGUUAGAAACAUCAAGAGUAUUGCUGUAUGGUUGUGUUAUUCGAUUUCAGAAACAAAACGACUUAAUUUUGGCAGGCAUCGGACCAAUUCUUUGUGUUUUUGUUGGGUUUUAUCUGUUUGUAAUGGUUCAGAUCUUUAUUUUCUUGUCUGUGUUUAGUCUUUCCCCCAGAUGAAGCACCUCUUUUUGGUUCCUGUAAAACCCUAAUCAUGUUUUAAUUAGUAGAUUGUCAUUUCGUAUCAGCAUAGUCCUACCUUUCGAAGUAAAAUUUGUGAUGCUACUGCACGGCAUGCACCUUUGUGUAAAAACACACGUCCACCUCACAAAACCUUUGCCGCGAGUGGCUUUUGCAUGAGCUCAGGCAUGUUCUUAAGACACUUUGCGUGACGUAACCCCUCAGGACUCUGGAACCCCUUCAGGUUCUUUUCACCAAAAUCCAGACUAAUUACCAGAGCAAAUUGCCGCUGCUGCUUUUUCUUAUUUUUCGAGUCGCUUUAGGACAGGCAAAGUGCUUUUAUAUUGCUAAUCUACCUGUAACGCUCUCACGGUUCCCACGGUCUUGGAAAAUCCUGGAGAUAUCAGGGAAAAAUUGUGAUUUCCAGGCCCGGAAAAAAAAGUCUGUUCAUUACAAGUGUGCAUACAUAAAGCAGUUUCCCCUCAUUAAAUAAUAAAAAA